GGCGCGCCAGCUGCCGCACGUCAUGAUUCUACCCCAGGUGAGCGACGAUGUACCCAGACACUACCACUACCAUCCCGUCGUUAACAGGACGACCGCCGAGAAUCAGUAACCUGACAGACGGGGAAGAAGAUCUGCCUGAAGACGCUUUCUCGCUGCUGUCGGUGCUCGUAGUUGGAUUCCUCCUCGUGAUCCUGAUAUUCUUCUCCGUCGCCGGCAACGUCUUGGUCUGCGUGGCGAUCUACACCGACCGCGGGCUACGGAGGAUCGGCAACCUCUUCCUGGCCUCCCUGGCCGUCGCCGACCUCUUCGUCGGUGGGCUGGUGAUGACCUUUGCCGGGGUCAACGAUCUCCUCGGCUACUGGAUCUUCGGAAUGUGGUUCUGCGACAUCUGGAUCGCCUUCGAUGUUAUGUGCAGCACUGCCUCUAUUCUGAAUCUAUGCGCCAUAUCACUCGAUCGUUAUAUACACAUCAAGGAUCCCCUCAGAUACGGCCGUUGGGUAACCAGAAGAGUUGCCAUUGGUGGCAUCAUCGUUGUAUGGCUUCUAGCAGGACUCAUAUCCUUCGUACCGAUCAGUCUAGAUCUUCAUAGGAAUGAUGAUCAACCCAUGUAUGAAGAGAUAGUGGAGGAGCACCCUACGUGUGCCCUAGACAUUACACCCACCUAUGCGGUGGUGUCCUCUUGCAUAUCUUUCUACGUGCCCUGCAUUGUAAUGCUGGGUAUAUAUUGCAGGCUCUAUUGCUACGCGCAGAAACACGUGAAAAGUAUCCGAGCAGUGACGAAGCUGCCGGACACCUCCAUGGCCAAGAGUUUUCGCUCGAAGAGCAGUCGUUGCAAGCCACCGAAGCCGCAGACGAAGACGAAGCCAACCAGCCCUUAUCAUGUGUCCGACCACAAGGCUGCGAUCACCGUUGGUGUAAUCAUGGGCGUAUUCCUGGUAUGCUGGGUGCCCUUCUUCUGCGUCAACAUUGUCGCAGCCUACUGCAAGACCUGCAUAUCUCACCGAGCGUUCCAGGUUCUCACGUGGCUCGGUUACAGUAACUCGGCCUUCAACCCGAUAAUCUACAGCAUUUUCAACACUGAAUUCCGGGAGGCGUUCAAGAGGAUCCUCACGAAGGGGGCACGCGCGCGAGGCAAUCAGCCAUCGACCAGCGAGUGCGGCGAAUUCCGUUCAGUGGUGGUGCAGAAGCGGAAUGGUUCCAUGGUCGAAUGUAACAUCAGUCCGAGAUCGAGCGCAGACAGCUGCCAGGUCGGCGUUAUGGCUCAACGACAUCGCGACACCAUCGUCAGUGCCAUAUAAAGCGAGCUUGUCUUUCGACUUUCUCGGUCACUUUAAACAAUUUCUUUCCUGGAUCUCGCUCUCGCUGUUCGUCUUUGAAGUCGUCGCAAUCGUGCUUCAUUACUCGUCAAAGAAUUUGCGAAUCUGGAGACACCGACAUCAUCCCGGCAGAGAAUAACAACAUUAAUGCGCGAAUUAAAAUAUGCUUCGUGCAAGAGGAAUUCGUUCUUCACAGUGGCGUGUUAAACUUCUGCGAUCUUCCGCGACAUACGAAAUAAUUUUAUUUUAGCAUUUAGAUUUACAUUCUUUGUUUGCUGUUUAAAAUUUUGUUUCGAAUUCGCAGUGAAAACCGUCGUGAAAACACAUCGAUGGCAGAUUGCACGACUUCUAAUAGAACGAUAUCGCUUAUUGUUAUUGUUUCGUACGAACUUGCAAUGUACAUAAAAUCAGCAUCGCCUGUAUCAACAAGCAUAGUUUACUCUCGCGUACUAAAGUUUAGUAUUUGCAUCCGCGAAGGAAUGAACGCCAAACCGCCUGCCUGCUCAAAGGAAGACUGCAGCUGCAGUUACAACGAUGUCGUACUCUGGCUAUAUACAGUCGCGU